ACUGUCCAUGAGAUCAGCAAAACAUGCACACACCCGCUGUCGCGCUCUCUGCAUCUGUGGUCGCUCAUUGUCUCGGGUUUGCGGGCGAUAUCUCGAGUUUCUUGGACAAGCUAACUGAUUUGGAGAAAGAAUUGAUUCCUCGUUCCGUCAGGCCAUAGGCACCUGGGUAAAAAUUGGUCUCUAUAAUAUUGAAUUUGGAAGAGACGUCUCUGUAACAUUGAAGAGGAGGACGCCCGAUGCAGCCUAGUCCCUGGGUGACGCAAAACGGCCGCGGAAGGCUCAGAGCAUACUUCAUAAGUACCAUGUCAGAUUGAACGGCCGCUGUCUAUUACCGCGGCACAAGCUGAACGUCCACCACCCACAUCCUGCUUGGACCAUUCAAGGGUUGUUCACGAGAUCUUAGCACUACCACCCAACUCUUCAAGAUGUCGUCCCAGGUGAUUCUCUAUGACUUGCCAUCCAAGCAAGGCACUUCGUGGUCCCUCAAUCCUUGGAAACCGCGAAUGAUCCUCAAUUACAAGUCCAUUUCAUAUACCACUCAAUGGGUUGAGUACCCUGACCUCGCACCAACAUUAUCAUCAUUGGGCAUUCCCCCCAACCCACCACACCGCAAUCCUGUCCCCUACUCCUCUCCCGCGAUAAAGCACCACAACUCCACGCUCGAAAUGGACUCCUGGGUUAUCGCCCACACACUUGAAAAACUCCAUCCGACACCCUCUCUCAACAUCGAUGAUCCAGUCAACACUCAAGUCAGAGACCUGGUAACUGCACUGUCCAAUCCCAUAAGGCCCUUCGUAAUCCCGAAGGUGCCCGCUAUACUGAGCCCCCGAAGCGCAAGCUACUUUUUGGAGACUAGGGAGGUCAGGUUUGGUAAGCCUCUCUCACGAGUUCUAGCGGAAGAUGCUACGGAGAAAUGCUGGGAGGAAGCAGACGAAGCCGCCGCAGAAAUCGGUAAAUUGUUAAGGAAGGACGCUAGCGGGCCGUUCUUCCUGGGGGCGAGAGUGAGCUAUGCUGAUUUCAUAUUCGUUGCUUACCUGAAGUUUUUGGAAACCGUGGAUCGCGAAGUGUUUGAGAGAGUUGUGGGGCUCGACGAGGGAUUUAAGGGAGUGUAUGAGGCGUGCAAGGAGUGGCUGAAGAGGGACAAUUGAUUAUGAGUGAACAGCAUGCAUACCGGGCUGGAUGAAUCCACGACACUUUGUUUCUAGUAUAACUUUCACUGAAGCCAACUGCCUAUACACACUAAAGCGACGCACUUGGGUCCCGAGGGUGACAAGACGUGAACACAGUUGGGUUCCGAAACAUCUGGAUAUGCUUUGUUAUUUAAAAAGUUGUAGCGGUGCUAGUCUAUUGAUUACUAUCUGAUAUU